AUACAGGGUUGAUUUUUGCAUUUUGUUUUAGUUACGUUUUAUACAGCAUCCCACAUUCUUUGGACAGGAUGUUUCAUUUUAAUAACAAAAACAAGUACAUAUAAACAUUUAACCAGUAGUGUAUAUCCUAUUGAUCACCUAAAUCCUAUGACAUGUACUGUAUGGGUCUUAUGAUGUCAUUUGAAUACUAUUUGAUGCUGCUGUUCUUUCUGUGUCCUAGUCCAAAUGUAAUGCAUUAGAUGUGUAGGUUAGAUGCUUUAAACAGACUUCCUAUAGACUGGAAUGUGUCCACUGAUGACAUAGUGGGUUAAGUGGUCAUAACACAUCCCCCAAACCCUCAUAAUGGAUUAUAACAGAUCGUUUUACGAACGCUGUCUUCUGGCUUUCUUUCCGGUUGGAGACUCAGACAGGGAAGCGAUGGGUAAAGGGGUGAUAACUGGGGUGGCUUUGAGUGUUGAUUGUAGAGAAAUUGAAGGUAAUUUGAGGGGAGGCGGCUUAUGAAAGUGCAAAGGCUGCAAGCAGCGAGGGAUGGUGUCAGGGUGGACAGUACGUCUGUUCUGUUGUAUUCUGAGGACAGUGUGCUGCCUAGUAAGGUUACCAUGGGGAUAUGGGUUAUUCUGAGGCCGUAUGUGGCCAAGCCUUUGAGGUGUUACAACUGCUAACGUGAUGGGGGUGAGGUUGAGGAGGGAGUGGGAUUAUCCAGUGCUGGGUGUUGGGGAUGAGGUUGAGGAUGAGUGGGUUGAGGAGGGAAUGGGAUUAUCCAGUGCUGGGUCAUGGGGAUGAGGUUGAGGAUGAGUGGGGUGAGGAGGGAGUGGAAUUAUCCAGUGAUGGGGAUGAGGUUGCAGUGUCGGAUGUAGAAAAGGCAGAAAUGCUGGCUAAGGUGUUUGUACGGGUACAUAGCUCGUCUAACUUAACUAGGGAUGAACAACGGGGGAGGGAAGGAUAGCUUAUGGCUCAGCAGCAGUGAGCACUCUGGAAAGGUUGGAUAGAGUGGAGGCACAGGGGCUUCGAGUCUGUGGUGGGGCAUUUCAGACAUCUCCGGUAUCAGCACUGCAGGUGGAGGUGGGGGAGAUGCCAUUACACUUGAGGAGAAGGCAAUUGUUGAUUAAUUACUGGGUUAAUUUGCAGGGACAUGGGGGUUUGCACCCUACAAAAGAGGUGCUGUUGGGGUGCUGGGAACACGGUGGGAGGGAGAUCAGGAGCUUUAGGUGGGUGGGGGGUGCCCUGGCCUGCUUUGCCGAGGUGGUUAAGAGGCGUCUGGAGGGUGGGUACCCGGAGAGGGUUGUGGUGUUCACGGAUGGUUCAAAGGACCCAGGGACGGGUCGGACGGGGGCAGCUUUUGUAGUUAGAGGAGCGGGUGUGAGUGUCACUAAAAAGGUUACGGAUCACUUGACAGUUUACAUGGCUGGGCUUCUGGCGGUGCAGUUUGCAUUGAGGUGGGUGGAGGACACGAAGCCGGAUAGGGUGGUUAUUUGCUCUGAUUCGUGUGAGGUGUUGGUUAGGUUGCAGUCUUUCAAGUCCUCUAGGAGACGGGACAUUUUAAACAGGGUGGUGGAAGCACAGGAUAGAGUUAGAAGAGAUGGAGGUCUCAUUCAUGUGGGUUCCGGCUCAUGCUGGGGGGGCGGGAAACGAAGCAGCUGAUAAAUUAGUGAAACAGGCCCUGUUGAGGGGGGUGGUGGAAGUGGUGGUGUCCUUGUGCAGGGCAGAGGCUAAGGUGGUGGUGUGGAAUGAGGUGAGGAAGGUGUGGCAGGACCAGUGGAAUGUGGACAGGGAAACUGGGUUGGCAGGGAGAAUUUAGGUCCUACCUGGAGCUGACCGACACUCCUUUACAGUAGGUGGCGGUAAUGCACGAAUAGCGUUGGAUGCCAACCGCCAUUAAACCCGACAGAAGAAGUGGCCACACAACCCAUUCUUCUUUUUCUUCGGGAUUUAACAGCCCUGCGGCGGGCUGCUGAGCCUUGCCGGUUUACGAGACCAUUGAACGAAUCGUACACUGAGCGAAUCGCUGAGGCUCCGGAGGAAUGGGAGACGGUUCUUGGAAAAGCAAUAGACUUACGUUGGUGCGAUGGCUGAAGUUGAUACAUUUCCUACACGUGGAGAGAAACAACAGAAAGAUUAUGAAGAGAAGUCUCACCCCUGCCCCCAUUGUGGAAAACAUUUCCUUUUUAUAUCACAGCUAAAAAGACAUAGUAACAUACACUCAGGAGAGAAGCCAUACUCCUGUUCUGACUGUGGGAAGAGUUUCUCUCAUGUAGGUAACCUAAAUAUUCACCAGCGCAUACACACUGGAGAGAAGCCUUACUCCUGUUCUGACUGUGGGAACAGUUUUUCUCGUUUAGCCAACUUUAAUAAUCACCAGCGCAUACACACUGGAGAGAAGCCUUACUCCUGUUCUCACUGUGGGAACAGUUUUUCUCAUUUAGGCAACCUUAAUAUUCACCAGCGCAUACAUACUGGAGAGAAGCCAUACUCCUGUGCUGACUGUGAGAAGAGUUUUUCUCAACUAGGUCAGCUUAAAGUUCACCAACUACAUCACACUGGAGAGAAGCCAUACUCCUGUCCUGACUGUGGGAAGAGUUUCUCUCAACUAGGUGGCCUUAAAAAUCACCAGCGCAUACAUACUGGAGUGAAACCUUACUUCUGUCCUGACUGUGGGAAGAGUUUCAUUUCGUCAUAUGUACUAACUUGUCAUCAAAGAAUCCACACAGGAGAGAAGCCCUACUCCUGUCCUGACUGUGGGAAGAGUUUCUCUCAACGAGAUAGCCUUAAUACUCACCAGCGCAUACAUACUGGAGUGAAACCUUACUCAUGUCCUGACUGUGGGAAGAGUUUCUCUAGUCGAGGUAGCCGCAUAGCUCACCAGCGCAUACAUACUGGAGAGAAGCCUUAACUCCGUCUUAACUGGGGGAAGAGUUUACAGCCUUGCAGACCUUUUGGCUUUCUUGUUUUGGGCAUGUUAUUGUUCUUGGAUGAAUGCAUUCCCAUUUUGAAUUUAAUGCCAACAACAAAUGUCAAAAAGGUUGGGGCACAGGCAUCUAAAUGUACUGUAUGAGUCUUGUAUGGUGUCAUUUGAAUACUAUUUGUUGCUGCUUUUCUUUCUGUGUCCUAGCCCAAAUGUAAUGCAUUAGAUGUGUAGGUUAGAUGCUUUAAACAGACACUAACUAUAGACUGGAAUGUGUCCACUGAUGACAUAGUGGGUUAAGUGGUCAUAACACAUCCCCCAAACCCUCAUGAUGGAUUAUAACAGAUUGUUUUAGAAACACUGUCUUCUGGCGUUCUUUCCUGCCUCUAUGCAUGCAUCUUAGCUCUCACAAAAUUAAAUCUCUGGAGAUCUUCUGUCUUUGACACUUGUAAUGACAUUGAACUUUAACUAUUAAAUUCACAUGUCGCAUUCAUUUAUUGACUCUUUGGAAAUAUAUAAAGACCCAAUUCACUUUCUGUAUCCAAUCACUCAGAUGAUUCUCAGUCUCGCCCCUCCAGUAAAGGUAAUAAACAUUACAUCCCUUUAGGAAGAGGUGUCAUCCCUGUCUUCCUGAUUUUUAUUCGAUUCACAAGGUCCCAAUUCAAUUUCAUGUUGAUUUAAUUUGCAUAUAGUGAUAAUUGUUACGCCAGUUUUGCUUAAAAUAGAGAUUUGAGAAAGAAGGCUAUAAACUGCACAGGGAACCUCUAACUUAUAUGACAUGGCAGAUUAAUUAAAGAUGUGUUGAUUUGUAGGCAGGGCACAUGCACAUUUAAUAAAAUAACUCUGAGUAAACGGGAAUGUAUAGAAAUCAAUGACAUUGUGGACAUUUAUCUGUAGUGUUCGGAUUUCCCUUGUUCCCCAUAUAAGGGUGAAUGUUCUAUUAUGCAUUAUUUUACUGUACAGGUUAUAGAUUAAACUUCACCAGGACGUUGUAGAAUGUUUGUGUUGCCAGGCUGACAACAACAGGCGGCAACGACCAUUGGUUAAGUGGGAUAGAUUGUCCUUUGUGUUCAUUGUCUUUGCCAAGGUAAAGUAAUGCUAAUUAAUAUUUGGGAUGUGUUUUAGAAAUGUCUGAAGUUUGGAUGAAUUGUAAUGUCUCAAACAGUCAUUUGAGUCUGUUCUGUGUAGAAAAUUAUAGAAGAUUUAGUAAAUGUUACAUUACUAUUUUUGUUAUUUUUCAUAUCAAAUGUAAUCUUAUCGUUGUGAUUAUUAUUAUACUCCUAUAUUAUUUUGUGUCUCUGUAGUAUUGACAGUUUAUUGGUGGCAUGUGAUCAGACACACAGGAUGGAGAUUAAGCAGGUAUGGAGGACCUGAAUUAGACUGGUCAGAUAGGCCCUAAGCCAAUACUAGACACACCCAUAGUCAGGGGAGGUAACUUGGGGAGUUGGUUCAUGUUUCCUUACAAAUGUAUUCCUAAACUGUAUUUGGUUGUCAUACACUGAUUUCAUACGAUGCCAAACACACUAUGUGUAACAACUGUUGUAUCACCUACAAGCUUGUAAUAAAUUAUCUUGAGUAAAUGA